AUGCUGGCAUGCAUCGCGUGCUCCUCGAAGGAAGGCGGAGAGGACGGCUCCCGUGCCGCGGCCACGCCGCACGGCAAAGAUGCCGUCAAGUCUCUCACCUCACAGCUCAAGGACAUGGUGCUCAAGUUCUCCGGCUCCAGCAAGCACCAUCAGUACAAGGGGACGGCCGGGACCCGAUCGUCGUUCAGGAGCGGCGGGGGGAGCUACCGCCGCCCCUACCCCGGCUUCAUCGACGACACCAGCUUCACGCCGGCGCCGAGCAGGGUUCUCGGCGAAGACUACUACCCGAGGACCGUAUUGGCAGCGGGAGGCGCCGGCGGGGCGCGAACCGCGGCGUCGGAUACGUUGGACGUGACCGGGAGGCAAGCAGCAGGCAAGAGCCCCAGCGCCGGCGGUAGCGGCUGGAUCCCGAGCACCGGGGAGGAUGUUGUCGCUGUGGAGGAGGCGGCGCCCAGGGAGUGGACGGCGCAGGUGGAGCCCGGCGUCCAGAUCACCUUCGGCACCAUCCCCACCGGCGGCAACGAUCUCAAGCGUAUCCGCUUCAGCCGGGAGAUGUUCAACAAGUGGGAGGCGCAGCGGUGGUGGGGCGAGAACUACGACCGCAUCGUGGAGCUGUACAACGUGCUGACGUUCAGCGGCCGGCAGCAGGGGUGCUCCACUCCGGUGUCCUCCGUCGACGACUCCGUGCUGAGAGAGUCGUCCUACUCCCAUGGGGGCUCGACGAGCAGGGGCAGCCCGACCGCCGCGCCGCUGCCUCCGCCUCCGCCUCCUCCUCCGGCGGCGAGCAAGGAGCCGAUCGCCCGGAGCGCGUCGUGCAAGGCAAUGGCGCCGGGGUCAUCGUCGUCGGCGCCGUACGCGGCCGCGCCGUCCACCAGGGCGGCGUACUACCCGUCCACGGCCGUGCCCGACCCGUCGGACCACGUCUGGGCGCACCACCUCAACAUGCUCAACUCCGCCGCCGGCACGUCCGCGACGGGCGGCGGCGGCUGGGUCUCCUCGUCCUACGACCCGUCGCGCGCCACCACGUCGUCCCGGGACGAGGCCUCCGCGUCCCUCAGCAACGUGAGCGACCUGGAGGCGGCGGAGUGGAUCGAGGAGGACGAGCCGGGCGUGUGCCUCACCAUCCGCGAGCUCGGCGACGGCACCCGCGAGCUCCGCCGCAUCCGCUUCAGCCGGGAGAGGUUCGGCGAGGACAGGGCCAAGGUGUGGUGGGAGCAGAACAGAGAGAGGAUACAGGCGGAGUACCUGUAGAAAGGGAUGCAAAUUGCAGGCUCUGAUGGGGAUAACCAAACGUGUUGGGGGGAUAGAUAUUAGGGGGAUAAUACCGCUAUACAUGGCGAAAAGGGUGUGAAGGGUGAGAAAAGAAACAGGUGACGGUACUUGGCUUUGGCUAAGCUUGUACAUGGAGCUCUGGGGGUAAACUUGGGUGUCUAGAUGGAUAUGUGCUUAUUACUGUCCGGUUUAGUUACCUUGUUAUGCACAUUUCGGUUCCUUUCGAUGGUUAAAUUUUGUUGAUUUUGGUU